GACUACAACAAAGGGCGGCGGGUGGCGGGCGUCAGUGACCGCGUCUCCCGGUGCUCUUCUCAGGCCGAGCCCUGGCCCCCCGCCUGCCCCGCUCCAGAUGAAGUGUGAGCACUGCACGCGGAAGGAAUGUAGUAAAAAAACAAAAACCGAUGACCAAGAGAAUGCAUCAGUCGACGUACCAAGUCUGGCCCUGGAGAACGGAGAGAAGGGAGAAUUCCAUAAGUUGGCUGAUGCCAAGAUAUUUCUGAGUGACUGCCUGGCGUGUGACAGCUGUGUCACUGCAGAGGAAGGGCUCCAGGUCUCCCAGCAGAACGCCAAGGACUUCUUUCGAGUUCUGAACCUUAAUAAGAAAUGUGAUACCUCACAGCACAAGGUGCUGGUGGUGUCGGUGUGUCCUCAGUCUCUGCCUUACUUUGCUGCCAAAUUCCGCCUCAGUGUGACUGAUGCAUCCAGAAGACUCUGCGGCUUCCUCAAAAGUCUUGGGGUGCACUAUGUCUUUGACACAACGAUAGCCGCAGAUUUCAGCGUGCUGGAGAGUCAGAAGGAAUUUGUGCGUCGCUUCCGCCAGCACAGCGAGGAGGAGCCUGCGUUGCCCAUGCUCACCUCCGCCUGUCCGGGCUGGGUCCGAUAUGCCGAGCGGGUGCUGGGCCACCCUGUCACCCCCCACCUCUGCACCGCUAAGUCUCCCCAACAGAUCAUGGGCUCUCUGGUGAAGGAUUACUUCGCUAGACGGCAGAACCUGUCCCCAGACAAGAUUUUCCAUGUUAUCGUGGCCCCUUGCUACGAUAGGAAACUGGAGGCCCUUCGAGAAGAUGUUCCCACAGCUUUGCACGGCUCCCGGGGUGCUGACUGCGUACUAACCUCAGGUGAAGUCGUUCAGAUAAUGGAGCAAAGCGACCUCGUGGUAAAAGACGCUGCCGUUGAUACUCUGUUCGGAGGCCUGAAGGAGGAGGAGGUGAGGCGCCAUGAUGGAGCCAGCUCCGACGGGUACCUGGCGCACGUCUUCAGACACGCCGCCAAGCAGCUGUUUGACGAGGACGUGGGGGAGGUCACCUACCGCACCCUGAGGAACAAAGACUUCCAGGAGGUCACCCUUGAAAAGAACGGGGAGGUUCUGUUACGCUUUGCUGCUGCGUACGGCUUUCGAAACAUCCAGAAUGUGGUUCUGAAAUUGAAGAAGGGCAGGUUCCCGUACCACUUUGUGGAGGUGCUCGCCUGCGCCGGGGGGUGUUUGAACGGCAGGGGCCAAGCCCAGGCGGAGGAUGGGCGCGCAGACAAGGCGCUGCUGCGGCAGAUGGAGGGCAAGUACGCGGACGUCCCCGUGCGGCCCCCUGAGACCAGCGCCCACGUGCAGGAGCUGUACCGGGAGUGGCUGGACGGGGCCGACUCCCCCAGGGUCCGGGAGGCCCUGCACACCGUGUACCAGGGCCCGGGGCUCCCUGCCGCCAGCCGAGACAUCAAGUGGUGAAGUCUCUUCCAGCUGCAGCAAAGCCCCCCGGUGGCCAGGGCCCAGGAUGACAGACCAGGUGUGAUCACACGAGGUGUGGGGUCUCAUCUGCAGCACAUCUUGGGGUUAUGGCCACCUUUGUCCUAACUCCAGCCCUACGUGCAGAGAAGAGGGGGAGGCCCCACAGUCAAGCUGGGCUGGUUCACAGUGUCUGGUGGGCAGUGGUGGGGCCCACCAUGAGGAGGAGGGCCGAGUAAGUCCAGAUUCACGUUGCACCCAGGACCCGCUCUACAGAAUGCUGUCACUGGAGCCGUGGUGCUGCUAGCACCUCCUGUGGACCAUGACCGUGUCCGGCAGCUUUGUGUGCAUGGUGGCCGUCUUGAAUAGCUCUGCUCUCCAGUGCCCUGCAGAGCCCAGAUUUUUCCAUUGCACUUCCGCCUGGCCUUGGCCCGUGGGCCAGUCCCAGCCGUUGUAGACCCUGGUUCUUCUUCCUCGACUCUGCUGGACUGCGGAUCGGAACUCAGCCAUUGUCUACACCAUCAGUUUGAUGCUGGCCUAGGGUGUGGAGCAGGGGCACUGCCUGUGUGCCGGCCCCUGUGCUGCUGACCUGAUGGUGUUCUCUGACCUCAGCUGCUGGCCCAAAGCUGAGCCUCUGGCUUCUGGACACUUGGUAUUUACAACAUCACCUCCUUUCCCUCAGGCAUUGCCUUUGUUCCCAAUCGGAAACAGGCAGAGCAGUUAAAACAGAUUUUUUAUGCACAAAUAGGGAAAUCUCUACAGGCACGUCACCAAGGAGCCCUCACAGUAGGCCCCUGUCAUAAUCCACGAGCAAAUGUGGGGGCUGGGCUCUUCUGGGGUGCUUGCCUGGGCCUCAAACCAGACAUGAGCCCAUUUGCACAAAGACCAGGGGGGAACAGGAAUGAGGAGAAGGUUGAGCCCCGGGGCUCUGCAGCUGGCAGGAGCAGGACUGAAAUCCCAUCUGUGCAGCAGAGUUGUCAUGGACCCAAGGACCAGCUCCUCCCGCUCCCCUCAAGAGGACAGGGUCUUGCCAAGGUCACGUGGGAACAGACACAGAGGUAGGCCCCCGGCCCUUAACUCAGGAUUUGUAUGGAUCUGCUUUAAUAAUGAAAAGAAUUCACGUUUCCUGGCAGUGACAGUAUGAGCCCCUUUUGGUCUCCCUUUUUAAAAGCCAAGCUAGAGAGAGGAAGUACACGUUAAAAAGAGCAGAGAUCAGGAAAUCUCUAACAUGUUCCCUCUGCGGGGGUCGGGGGAUGGGCAGGAGCCCUGCUGGGCCACCCACACAACCCCACUCAGAGGUCUGGACCUGGAGGGUCCCUGGAAAGGUAUGUGCCCAAGUGGAAGCAAUAAGAGCCCCAGGCCUCUGUGCACCCUGAGGGCAGACUCGCCCCUGCACCAGACCAUGUCCUCUAAGCCACAGGCAGCAGCGCAUAAGGACUAGGGGUGUCCUGGUGGACAUACAAGGAAAAGGUGACCGGUGACUGAGGAGGGGCCAGUGGCGUCAAAUGGAGACUGCAGCCAGGGGUCUCCACGUGAGCUCCAAAGUGGAGACCCUGGUCUGGGAAGCACCAGGCUGUCCUGCUGAGGGCUGCAUUGCCCGCUACCUGGCACUGGGAGGACACAGAAGGGUCACAGGUGAGGCAGGUUCCACCGAGAUUUGAACUCGGAUCGCUGGAUUCAGAGUCCAGAGUGCUGACCGUUACACCAUGGAACCAUAAGACACCAGGGCUGCCGUCAGGCUACCCUUGGUCUGAGGGCACUGAGGGAAGAGACACCAAAGUGGGGAUCAAGGGAAGGGGGACAAAAAAGAAUGGUGUCGGUCCCACCGAGAUUUGAACUCGGAUCGCUGGAUCCAGAGUCCAGAGUGCUGACCAUCAUACCGUGGAGCCGGCUGCUGCCGUGGGCCCUGCACACCCUGACAGGGAGACAGAAGGGGACACGGAGAGUGAGGUCUGCAGGCUGCUUCCCGGAAAAAGAUGAGCCUGUAGCCGCGGAUGGUGUCGCUCCAUAGAGCCCUGGGUUAUGGGCCCAGCACACUCCCAAUGAGCCACUCUGCUGCCCAGGCCCCGAAUGUGACAGGUCCGAUGGUCACAGCCCCUCCGGGCCAGGGGAUGAGAAUGGCAGGCUCCUAGAGGGGCCGGAAGAGGGCAAGGCAAGUGCCCAUGUACAAAUACAAGUGGAUUUCUGCUUUCCCUCCUUCAGUUUCCCGUGGAAAGAAAUCUCUGAAUUCAUGUCCUUUUGUGCUGUUAAAAACAAACCAAAAAGUCAAGAAACACAACGUUCAUAGCCCAGAGUGUCCGUGUCCCUGGGCAGUGGCGGCAGGUUCUGUGCUGCGGUGAUGGUGGUUGGAUUUUGGAAAGGAACAAAAACAAUGUUUUUCCCCAUCAUUUGAAAAGGACUCCUAAUUUGCAUGAUUAUGAAUAAACUGUUCUUUUAAUUCUA